UGGACUGAAAUGGUGGACAUGGCAACUGCUUGAACAUAAGCAUAAAUACAAAAACGUUCAUUUAAUAAGGAAACAGUGUGUUCCCUCUCGCCCUUGUUCAGAGGUAAACUGUAAACAUCAGUACAGGACAGGGCCUUACAAGGCGAGGGGGAUCUCCCCAUCCCGGGCUGGAAUGCGGAGUGGGAGGGAGGUGAAGCUCACUGGACGUUUCAUUGGAAAAAACGUUCCCGCUAUUAAAAGUCCGCUUGGGUGCCUCAGGCUCUGUGUUUUUCUCUGUGCUUGCUUAAAAGGUCCAAUGAAAUCUAAAUCCAUGUUGCUGUGGAGUAGCUUUUUCUCCAUGUUUUUUUGGUUUUAAAAUGCACUGUAUGCUAAUACUCUUUAAUAUCGACACGGUUGACUUUUAUCAGAUCUGUCUUCAGAAAGAGAUGGCUGACCUCCUCAGACCCCUCUCCGACCAGAUCCAGGAGAUCCAGAAUUUCCGGGAGAAGAAGCGUGGCAGCAGUCUGUUCAACCACCUGUCUGCCGUGAGCGAGAGCAUCCCCGCUCUGGGCUGGGUGGCCGUGUGUCAGAAACCAGGGCCGUAUGUGAAGGAGAUGAGCGAUGCCGCAAUUUUCUACACAAACAGAGUCCUUAAAGAUUACAAAGACACAGACCCCCGUCAUGCUGAGUGGGUGCGUUCCUAUCUGAACAUCUGGACUGAACUUCAGACCUACAUCAAGGAGCACCACACAACUGGACUCAUCUGGAGCAGGACUGGUCCUGUAGCCCCUCCCUCGCUGUUCGGUGCUCCUUCUGAUAGCACUUGCCCUCCUCCUCCUCCUCCUCCACCACCAGGUCCUCUUCCAGUGUUCAUGGAUAACAGCCCUAAAUCCGAGGACACAUCAGCCCAGCCUUCAGCUCUGUUUGCACAGCUCAACCAGGGAGAGGCCAUCACUAAAGGUUUAAAACAUGUGUCUGACAAGCAGAAGACCCAUAAGAACCCUAACUUGCGCUCUCAGGGAGGGAGGACACACCAGGCAUCUCCAGCCAAAAGUCAGAACCCCGGCUCAUCUGCCUGUGCAUCUGCCAAGAAACAUUCCCCCGUGCUGGAGCUGGAAGGAAAGAAGUGGAGGGUGGAGCAUCAGGAGCGGUCUCAGGACCUGUUGAUAGAGGAGACAGAGCUCAGACAGGUGGUUUAUGUCUUUAGCUGUAGCAACUCCACACUCCAGAUCAAAGGCAAAGUCAACUCCAUCAUAGUGGAUAAUUGUAAGAAGCUCGGACUCGUGUUUGACAGUGUGGUUGGCAUCGUUGACAUCAUCAACUCCAGAGACAUUCAGCUUCAGGUAAUGGGAAAAGUUCCUACUAUUUCCAUUAACAAGACUGAGGGGUGCCAUGUCUACUUGUGCAAGGAUUCACUUGACUGUGAGAUUGUCAGUGCCAAGAGCUCCGAGAUGAACGUCCUUGUUCCUGAGGGAGAAGAUGAUUAUAGGGAGUUUCCAAUCCCAGAGCAGUUUAAAACGGUUUGGGAUGGCUCCAGUCUGGUGACAGAGCCCGCAAAGAUCGCUGGUUGAUUCCUUUUGCAGUUUUGUCAUCUCUUUCCUUCUACCCAGAAUUCUUCAUGCACUUUCACUGUAUCACACUGUUAGAUGAGAUGUAAGAAUUCAUACAUUGUGGUAGUGUGAGUUGUAGAUUAAGGCUCAUAAAAUUCAAAUUAAGAGCAAAAUAUGGACAAACAAGUGUCAUUUUCAAAAUAUAUGAAUAAUUAUGCAUAGAAAAUACACAGGAUGACACCAUUAUGUUGUUCAGUCAGCAACUCAACAAAAGUAACAAGUUAAAGUAAUAAAUAAACAAUUACAUUUUUAUAAUUUUUCCCCCAAGGUCUUUUUUUAAAUUAUAAAAUACUUUGUCUUUAUGUCAUAAAUUCUCAUGUUAAAUACAUUUUGGUUUCUUUUUUAGAAACAAUAAAAAGACAGAAUAUUUUUAAAUAUAUUAUGACUUUUUAGGUAUAACUUGUUUUUUAUAGGGGAACUAGCCCUUUGUGUUUUGCGCAGUAACAUUUGACAUUUACUACAGAUUUACUUUCUGAUCAUAACAUUUUCUUCGGCAAAAAAAAAAAAACAUGUUUAUUUGGAAGGGUAAACUUGUAUGUUCAGGCUUUGGACGCAGAAUAUGUGCAAUCAUGAGCAGAGGAGAAAAUCAACAGACAUUUUACAAUCAAACCGCUUUUUAUUCUAUGAGUCUGAUAACUGGUCUUUGUUCUGGAAAUGAAUGAGUGCCUUUGGAGGAAUUUUUAUAAGAUUUUAUAUUAUUUUAAUAUAGUUCAAAUAUUGCUUUAUAUUUCAUUUAUAAUCUCAGACUGCUCAUUUCUGAAAUUAACUUUUGUUCAUCAAAUGUUUGCAUUGACAGCCACCACAUGUCAUUCAACACCAUCAGGGCUGUAAUUACAUCUGCUGUGCUAUAACUAAGUAUUCGGCUAAUAAAUAUCAAACUUUGUGUCCAAAAUA